CAUUAAGGGCUUAGGAAGUGGCAGGAGACACCACUAAGGUAGGAUGGAGUGGCUUGCAUGCUUUCUUCAAGAUGGAGGGAGGCACUCAAAUAGCAGAGAGGACGAGGACUAUUUGGAAUAGAAAUACAAGAAGAAGGCAAACCACUCUAUCUCAUUCCAUUAUUGUCAGGACUGUAAAAGGAUUGUAUUGCGCUUUUUGUGUAACAGAUAUCUAGGUGAAGGGAGCAUGUGGCUGGGUAGGAAGACCUGACCCAUAUAAGGUGAUGAGAGUUUCACUGUAGCUCAGGAUGAACUUGAACUGGUGAAUUUCCUGUCUCUGACUCCCCAGCGCUGGGAUGGCAGGUCCAGUUGUCCCUUCGCUGUCUCGUAUGGACUCCCCAAGGUUCCCUGAGGAAACCGUCCUCAUUACUGGAGGAGGAGGAUAUUUUGGCUUCCGCCUCGGCUGCGCUCUGAACCAGAAAGGAGUCCAUGUGAUUCUGUUUGACAUCAUCCAACCAGCCCAGAACCUUCCAGAGGGAAUCACAUUCAUCCGCGGAGAUAUCCGCUGCCUCUCUGACGUGGAGACAGCUUUCCAGGAUGCUGAAGUUGCGUGCGUAUUCCACAUCGCCUCUUACGGCAUGUCUGGGAGGGAGCAACUGAACAAGACCCAGAUCGAAGAGGUCAAUGUGGGUGGUACAGAGAACAUCCUCCAGGCCUGCCUAGAGAGAGGAGUACCCAGCUUAGUCUACACGAGCACAUUCAAUGUCAUCUUUGGAGGUCAAGUCAUCAGAAACGGGGACGAGUCUCUGCCUUACCUGCCUCUUCACCUGCACCCGGAUCACUACUCCAGGACCAAAUCCAUAGCAGAGAAAAAGGUCCUGGAAGCCAAUGGCUUGGCCUUCAAGCAAGGCGAUGGUAUACUCCGAACCUGCGCCAUAAGGCCAGCUGGCAUCUAUGGGCCUGGGGAGCAAAGGCAUCUUCCCAGGAUAGUGAGUUACAUUGAGAGGGGCCUCUUCAGAUUUGUGUACGGGGAUCCUCAGAGCCUGGUUGAGUUUGUCCACGUGGAUAACCUGACGAAGGCUCACAUUCUGGCCUCUGAGGCUCUGAAAGCCCAUAAAGGCCACGUUGCCUCUGGUCAGCCCUACUUCAUCUCAGAUGGUAGACCUGUAAAUAACUUUGAGUUCUUUAGGCCACUGGUGGAGGGUCUAGGAUACACAUUCCCAUCCACCCGCCUGCCACUAACCCUCAUCUACUGCUUUGCUUUCCUGGUAGAGAUGACCCACUUCAUUGUGGGCAGGCUCUACAACUUCCAGCCCUUCCUCACCCGCACUGAGGUUUAUAAAACUGGUGUCACACAUUACUUCAGUCUAGAGAAAGCCAAGAAAGAACUAAGCUACGAGCCUCAGCCAUUUGACCUGCAGGAGGUAGUAGAGUGGUUUAAAGCCCAUGGUCACGGCAGAAGGUCUAGAGGUCAGGACUCAGAGUUUAUUCUGUGGGACGGAAUUCUGGUCCUCCUCUUGGCGCUUUCUGUCCUUACCUGGAUCCCUCCUUCCACAAUCCUGUCCCUAUGAAGAGAAAGACUAUCCACAGGCGCUGAGCCUCCUUCCUGGGAUGGGUUUCAAGGAUAUAGGUUUUGAAAGAUGUGUCACAUUAUCUGGUACCAUUCCUGGGUUUUCAAAUUACUUCUUAACAAUGGAUCUUUAAACUUCAUGGCCAGGGAUGGGCUACCUCCUUAUGAGUCAUUGAUCAGGGAGACUCCUAGGGACUCCAAAACAGUAUUGACUGUGGCCAAUGCUCUUGGUUGCCCACCAGCAACUAGCUAGUAAGACUCUACUGCAUAAGGUGCCAUACACCUUAACUGAAGCACAUAGAGAGAUCCAGCUGGAACUGAACUGGAAGCUUCCUCCCUGCUUGCUAGAUUUCAUAGUUCCAGAAGGGUCUAUCCAGGCUGCUAGAGGAUAACAGUCUUAUUCAGCUGUAGAACCUGCACACAGCUUCACACACACAGGGCAGUGUGUGUACCCUCUAAUGCAAUAGCAGUAUGUCUGUUAGGGGAAUAACCAACUGCUUCCAAACUGGAUUGGAGGUUGGCUUCAUGUGAGGGGGUUUGUUCCUGGUGCUGUAAACCUGGCCAGAGGCUCAUGGACAGAGAGGUCAUAGGCCAAGUGUGACCUACUGCUGUUGUUUUGCUGAAUAGUGAAGCUGUGCCCAUGAAGCUGCUCCCUAAAUUCUUACGCUUAUGUCUGCAGAUUAGUGCUACUCUCCACUGUGAUCAGAGACGCUUCUCUCUGCCAUGGGGACCAGCUACACUUCCGAGAUUCAUAUCUGGUCAACGUGCUGAGUGUUGAGUGUUCAUGCAUAGACAGGAUAUCCAUAUCAGUCCUUCAUAGCCUCACAGGACUUUGUAGCAAAAGGGGUGGAAAGGAUGCAAAAGCUGGAGGAAGGUAGAGGGCAGGUACCGGGGAGUCUAUCUCCUGAGAAGGAAGUGACGACUGUCCUCAUGACCUAACGAUAGCUGUGAUGCACUACUAGAUUCCAUACAAUGAGGCCUAUCACCAUUCUGCCAUGGGAAGGAGAAAAGCGCGUGAUACCCACUCCUCCCUGAAAAGCUGAAGGUGACUGGUGGUUUCUAGGGAGGAGGAGACACUUUCUCUAGUGGUUUAGUCACUUCUAAGUUGCCCCAUGCUCCUGUAAGCAAGCUUAAUGAAACUCUUCGGGACACACACACAUACACACACAGACACAGUUUAGAAAGGAAUCUAGUUGGGAAGAGAUUGGGAAUGGGACAAAAGAAGGUGUGGGGGUGGAUCCGAUUGAAUUACACUAUAUACAUGUUCAAAAAUGUCAUAAUGAAAUGCUUAUAUACUUAACCCAUGCUAAUAAAUAAAAAGGAAAAAUGAAUUCUUGGA